UUUUCCCGCUGAGCGCCCGGGGGCGCCAGCCCCUGCAGAGCAGUUGUUCCAGGCUUCAAUAACGAAAAGGGUUUUUUUGGGGGGGGGGGGCUGCCCGCAGCAACGCCGAAGCCCCGGAAUGCUUUUGCAGCGCUCUUCCCGGUGGGUUGCCUGCAUCUCUACCUUCCUCUCAGGAGAGAAGCGGGGAGCCUCGCCUGCUCUGCUCGCCGCCCUUUUGGGGAAGCGAAGUCCUGCUCUUCUGGUCCAGCCACUUCGCGGAAAUUAAUUCGGUCAGCGCCUCGCUGAGCAAACUUUGGAAUUCCCCGGGCCUUUGCAAGAUUUCGCGGCUGUGCAUUUUCAGGAAGUGGCUUUUCCAUUCUCACGUUUUAUAUGAAGUGAAGAGGACGCAGCUUCUGGCAGGUGCAAACUGUUUUCCCCCGAUCACCAGCUGAUCACCCCAUGUUUGCCGUCACCAGGUGUUGUCCAUAGAAUAUGGCGAAGGCAGUCUUGAUUGAUUUGUGCUGCUUUGGACCCAGGUCGUGGAAUAACUGGACCCAGGCAUCGGUGAUCAGAACAUUAGAAACUCUUGGGGAGAACUACCCUGUUUACCUUAUGUGUUGCCAAACCUUUGGAAGUGAAGGGAAUUGUGGGGAUGUAUUUCAUACAGCAAUACGAGGCUUUCAUGGUCCAGGGAAACAACUUGAGGUUGUGUGUGCCAAAAAUACAGUUGCUGUCUUGUACACCAUUAAACAAAAACUCGAUGAAAAAGACAUCGAGGCUGUUAAAGUAAUCGUGCCGGCACAAAGAAAACCGUUAAUGAGAGAGUACAUGAAUCAACUUUUUACUAGUGUUUACCAGUUUGAGUUUAAAGAUUUUCAGAUUAACUGUGAAGAAAACAACCUCAAAAAAUCUGCAGAACUGCAAGGUGAAUUAAUGCCACUUACAGACCAAGACAUAGAAAAGAUCCAAACUGAGAUAACGAUAUUUUUGAAGAGCCUUCCUAGUCUGAAAGGGGAAGUUACCAUUCUCAAAUCUUCAUUGAUCCCAGAUCCUAUCUUCCUCCAUGGAUUCACUACAAGAACGGGCGGCAUCUCCUAUAUACAGACAUUGAGCUCUUUAAAUCUCUUCAGUAGUUCCAAACGACGUGACCCACCCAUUGUGGUUAAGGAAAAUCUUCAUAGGCUAGCUGCUGCUGCUAGAUUCAACCCUGAUGCAUAUCAUAGGGUAAAGGUCAACCACACCAGUGAUGUUUGGGUCAUGGGAAAGGCCGAGCCGGAUAGCUAUGAUGGAAUGGUAACUAACCAGAAAGGUGUUACACUAGCUGCCCCUGGAGCAGACUGCAUCCCUGUGCUUUUCGCUGAUCCUGUCAAGAAAGCAUGUGGUGCUGCUCAUUCAGGUUGGCAAGGCACAUUGUUAGGAGUAUCUAUGGCUGUCAUUAACGCGAUGGUAACUGAAUACGGUUGCGACGUGAAGGAUAUCCUUGUGGUCCUGGGGCCGUCGGUUGGGCCCUGUUGCUUUAAACUGCCUCGGGAAUCGGCAGAAAUAUUUCGUAGGAUUGAUCCCAAGUGCGUACGACUUUAUGAAUUGCCAACCCCGUACGUUGACAUCAGAAGAGCAACACGCAUUCUUCUGGAGACUGGAGGGGUUCUGCCUCAGAACAUACAGGAUGACUCUGUAACAGACCAGAACCAAAAUGUAACUUUCUGUACCUCAUGUUGUCCUGAUAAAUUCUAUUCUCAUGUCCGUGAUGGUGAGAACUUUGGAACACAGAUUGGCUUCAUAUCUAUUAGAGACUGAGGGUUUAUCUUAAUAUUUAUGCAAUAAUUUGGUAGAAACUGUUGGGGCAAAUUGGUUAUAUUUACUGAUACUGAGUUCUUCCUAUGGUCAGCUAUAGUUCCAAGCUGUCUAUAUAAUAUAGUUACUUAGAAAAGGAAUCCUAUUUAUUUGGAUAGGACUUAAUUCCAUCUAAGUGUGCUUAAUCUUACACUACUAGUACAAAACACUGCAAAUAUCAGGGAUACAUAAGUGUUUAUAGUUGUAUUUCUGCUUUAAUGGACUUGUUUCUAUGUUGCACACUACUUGGGAGAUUUAAACAAAAAUUAAAAAGUUUAUAAAUGGUCAAAGUGUGCUGGGAU